UGGCAACGAGGCCACAUUUGACCCAAGGCAAGACGGGAAGUCUGUGCUGCUGGAGAUGCAGUCGACAGGAAUUUGGACUUCAGAUUCUCCCAUGACAUCGACAAUGGAGUUAUCGAAUCGUCAGACAUCCACAACGACAUUAUUAUUAUGGGCAUUUCAAGAUCUAUCGAAUAAUAAUAGUUACUCGUUAGCAUUAUACAGACAAUUAUGGAACAGAUUGAGAAAACAGAAAGUCAAUGUGGUGGAAGCGUUGCAAGAAUUUUGGCAGAUGAAAUUGGCCAGGGGUGCGGAACUGAAAAACGGUGCUCUUGUCAUAUACGAAUCCGUACCAUCGUCUAGUCCUCCAUAUGUCUGUUAUGUAACCCUUCCAGGUGGCAGUUGCUUUGGAUGUUUACAGAAUUGCCCAACUAAGGCCGAAGCGAGAAGAAGUGCUGCUAAGAUUGCUCUGAUGAAUUCGAUAUUUAAUGAGCAUCCAUCUAGGAAAAUCUCCGAUGAUGUAAUAGAAAAGGCGAUCGCAGAGGCACACGCAUCAUUUACUGGAGUAGGCAGCGGCACCGAUAGUGGCAUAGAUGCGUUCAGAUUCAUGUUAGAAGCCAAUAAGGGGAGAACCAUGUUGGAAUUCCAAGAGUUAAUGACGGUGUUUCAGUUGCUGCACUGGAACGGCAGUUUGAAGGCGAUGAGAGAACGACAAUGCUCUAGACAAGAGGUUAUUGCUCAUUAUUCUCAACGCGCACUCGACGAUGAUAUGAGAUCUCAGAUGGCUUUGGACUGGAUCGCCAGGGAACAAGAAACUCCGGGCAUCAUUGGAAGAGAAUUACUAAAUUCGGAACAUGAGUUAGAAAUGGCUCGCCUGGCGGGGAAAGAACUUAGGUUUCCUAAAGAAAAAAGGGACAUUUUAAUGUUGGCUUGUAAUCAAGUUACGACAAUUAAUGGCUUGAGUUAAUUAAUUUGGUUUCUGUACAGAAUGUUAUAUAAUUGGUCGAGUUUUUUUUUUUCAUUUUUUUAAUCAAACAGUCCCGAGUUUGUGAUUCACCAGUUGAUUUCUGGUGCUGCUUCGCUGAUACGUUUUUAGUCAUGUGAUAAGUUUAUCCUUCACGCUUUAUUGUUUAGGUAGCAUUUACUUCCGCGAAAUACAUGUUUAUUUAUACGCGCUUUUGUUUAUAUAAAAUUCUCAUUUUAUGUAUCCAGUUUGGUAUGUCCCCUUUCGAAAGUUUGAAGUGUCUUUUUUUGGCUUUGCGAAAGCUUGUUUUCAAUCGUCCAGAAGCAGAUUUUUUUUGUGAAUUUGUCUUAAUUGGUCAAAUAAAUUUUGAUAAUGAUUUUUUUAA